GCCUCCGCGGCAGGGCGGCUCAUACUAUGGAUCCCGUCAGCCUCCGCGGCGGGAGGAGGACUCGCGGCGGCGGCGUGGAGCCGGAAUGAACAUUUGGGAGUUGCUUGAGCUCUCUUGACACCAGGCACUGUUUAAAAAUGUCCUGCUUAGUUUGUGGUUAAUAAUAAGGAGAUAUAUAUUGAAAGAAGUCCACCAUCUUCUGAAAUUUUCCACCCACAUCUGCCGUCUCAUGAAUAUCCAGAUAUUCAGGAUAUAAUAUUGGCUACAGGUACCUGAUGUAAUUGGGAGGAAGAUCUGGAUGUAUGGCUUAACAAGUUCUUUAUGAAAUGUGCUUCUAAUAAAGAAAACCCUCAAGAAAUAUUCCUACAAUUAAGACCUGAAACUAUAGAAAAUAAAUGAGAAAGCAACUUUCGAUUAAACAAAAUUAUUAAAAAUUGGACAACAAAUACAUGAAUAUAUUGUAACUGUGUAAUGGAGUCCCCAGGGGCAAAUAAUAUGUUUAUAAACAAAGUAUGGGUUCAAUGUGAGAAUGAAAGUUGUUUGAAGUGGAGAUUGUUGUCAAAUGAGGAUGCAAUCAAAGUUAAUCAAAAUGAACCAUGGUACUGCUACAUGAACAAUGAUUCAAGAUACAAUAAGUGCUCAAUUUCUGAAGAAGACUUUCCUGAAGAGUCUGAACUUCAUAAAAAUGGAUAUAAAAUUGUCUAUUCACAGCUCCCUCUGGGCAGCCUGGUUUUGGUAAAAUUACAGAACUGGCCAAGUUGGCCAGGGGUACUUUGCCCUGAUCCUCUUCAAGAAAAUUAUGUAAACUAUGACUUGGAUGGAAACGUUGAACAAUAUCACAUUGAAUUCCUGGGAGAUCCCCAUUCAAAAUCAUGGAUAAAUGCAAGAUUUGUUGAACAUUAUAGUAUCGUAUCAAAGCCAGGAAAAUGUAUAAGUAAAAAGAGGUGGCAUAAAAGUGCACUAGAAGAAGCCCACCUACUCUAUGGAUAUUCUUAUGAGCAAAGGCUAGAAACAUGCUACCUAUCAAAACACAGUAAAUCCAAAGCAGAUAGCAAAGUUGCUAUGAUGGCCAAGAAAAGGAUACAUGUUUCCAAAAGUAAUAUUAAAAAGAAAAAGCCCAAAUUUAGAAAAAAUAAAAGGGAAGCCAUUUUAAAGUGCUCCAUUGAAAAAGUUUGCUCUGAUGAUGCCUUAUCAAAGGAAAACAUGGUUGUCACUGAAACAGAAAUUUUACUGAAAGAGCUGGAAAAAAUGUUACAACAAGCACUUGAGCCCACAUCAAUGCCUGAUGGAUCUAAGGGAGAACAAGAAGAAAUCAAUACAGGAGACAAGUUAUCUGAAUGCGGUCUUGAAGCUCUGGAAAGCAGUUCAUGUCAGAUCCACCAGGAAGAUGACUGUGUUGUAAUUGAUGGAAUAAAAUUAAAAGCUGGAGAAUGUAUUGAGAAGAUAACUAACAAGUUUAAGGAAAUAGAUGCCUUAAUGUCUGAGUUUUAGAACAUACAUAUUUUCAAAAGCUAAUACAACAAUACUGGCAUCUUUAUCUUUUGUCAAAGUCAGAAACUUCAAAAGCUUUAGUAAUAUAGGUUUACAGCAGGUUGAUAUUUGUAAUCACUUUCUACUUGAUAUUUUGAGAAUGCUCAGGGUUUGGGGAACCAAUCAAUUAGUAUCUAAGUUAAGGUUAGAAUUUAUUUCACAAACCUUGGAUUAUUUUGUCUUAAUUUUAAAAUGAUUUGUGAACCUUACCUCCUAAAUAUGUGAUUUACAAUAAAUAUUUAAGCCUUUUAUUCAAAUGUGACUAAGAAAUAAAAUGGCUACACAUGCUAUUACAAUUCUUAGAGAUAAUUAAAUCUACUACAUUUAGAGAACAUUUGUUUGUAGUAGAAUUGAACUAUAUACACAAUAAAAGACAAUAUAGAGUUGUAUAAUAAAGUUGCUAGUUUCUU